AUGCGUGAAUGUGAGCAGCUGCGAGAGGGUCUCCAAAAUGCCCUUCAUCAGCUUUCUCAACUGGGCGCCAAUGUCCCUGCCGAGAUCAAAUCCAAGGCCAGCGGGAAUGCCCCCAACGAAUACGCAAGCCCAUCCACAGCGACAGGAUUGUCAACGAGCGUCUCUCCAAUCUACCUGGGAGAUCAUGGCAGCCAAGCGGUGGAUAUCAUUCCGUCUCCGCAACUCAUCUCGCCGGAGUCAUUCGGUGACCUUUACAGUCCAACUGAAGGCCAACCUGGCCCAAUCUUGUUCAAUAGUGGGGGAGGACUCGCAAAUAACUCUUGCGUGAGUGAAGUGGACCAAAUCAUCGUGGGCAUGGAGUUUGUACUAAAGAUUGAGGAACCCUGUCUGGGUCAUCUCCAUGGCGACGUCAAGAAGCCCCACGAACCUGCAAACCAUGCUCUGACGGCCUCUUCCCAGCUCAUGGCUGCUUGUGACUACCCAUCGCCGACAAAUAGAUGUACUCCACUCGUGUCUCCGAAUUUUGGAAAUACACCGACGACCAUGCUGGAACGGCUGUUGAGUCUUGCACCAGACCUGUCCGAUGAGGGUGAGAUGACACCAGUUCAGGCCUGGAAUAAUAUCCGGUGUCGGCCAAACUUUGGCGGACUUAAUGCGCGAAGCUUGGGCAUACUUGCUGAAAGGUUGAAGAAGGCUGUGAAAUGCCACGGGUAA